GCCGCCGCGAUCGCGGAGAGGGAGACGGAGCCCGAGCGGAGCGGCGGACGGAGGAGCGCGGAGCGGCGGCGCCGGGCUGGGCGGGCGCGUAGCGGCGGCGCCGCGGACUUGUCCCCAAGCCGGCCGAGGAGAAGGAGCCGCCGCCUGCGAGCCCGGCUGCUGGGCAGGGGAGGACAGGGUGAAAGACAGACAAACUAAACGCCAAACGACCCCCGGCGCCUGCGCCCGCCCGAUUUUAAUUUUUUAUUUUUCUUUAAUUAUUUCGGGGGAGGGGGGAGGGGGAAACCAACCCAACAAUUUACCGUGGGGUUUUUUUUUGUCAAUUUGUGCCGCGUGUGGAGUUGUUUUCCGCACACCCCUGACAAACAAAGGAAAAGGGGGAGGGGGACCGCGUUUCGCAGAAGACAUGCGUUCAGUCAGGAAGAGGUGGACUGUGUGCACGAUAAGUCUCCUCCUUAUCUUCUAUAAGACGAAAGAAAUCGCGCGGACCGAGGAGCGCCAGGAGGCACCUCUCGCCGGAGAUGGUGAACUGAGUUUAAGUAGAUCAAUGAUCAAUAGCUCUGAUAAGAUAAUUCGAAAGGGUGGCUCCUCAAUCUUCCAGCAUGCUGUAGAAGGUUGGAAGAUCAAUUCUUCUUUGGUACUGGAAAUAAGAAAGAACAUUCUUCGAUUCUUGGAUGCUGAAAGAGAUGUCUCAGUGGUCAAAAGCAGCUUCAAGCCAGGAGAUGUAAUCCAUUACGUGCUGGACAGGCGUCGCACCUUAAACAUUUCUCAGGAUUUGCACAGCCUUCUCCCUGAAGUUUCCCCAAUGAAGAAUCGCCGGUUUAAAACCUGCGCAGUUGUUGGGAAUUCUGGCAUCCUUCUGGACAGUGGAUGUGGAAAAGAGAUUGAUAGCCAUGACUUUGUAAUAAGGUGCAAUCUAGCUCCUGUGGUGGAGUUUGCUGCCGAUGUGGGAACUAAAUCUGAUUUUAUUACCAUGAACCCAUCAGUUGUACAAAGAGCAUUUGGAGGCUUUCGGAAUGAGAGUGACAGAGAAAAGUUUGUGCGUAGACUAUCCAUGCUGAAUGACAGUGUCCUUUGGAUCCCCGCUUUCAUGGUCAAAGGCGGAGAGAAGCAUGUGGAGUGGGUUAAUGCAUUAAUCCUUAAGAAUAAAUUGAAAGUGCGAACCGCCUAUCCAUCACUGAGACUUAUUCAUGCUGUCAGAGGUUAUUGGCUGACAAACAAGGUCCACAUUAAACGACCCAGCACUGGUCUCCUCAUGUAUACGCUUGCCACCAGAUUUUGUGAUGAAAUUCACCUGUAUGGAUUUUGGCCAUUCCCGAAAGAUUUACAUGGAAAACCAGUCAAGUAUCAUUAUUAUGAUGAUCUGAAGUAUCGGUACUUUUCUAAUGCCAGUCCUCACAGGAUGCCAUUAGAGUUUAAAACAUUGUAUGUAUUACAUAACAAAGGAGCACUUAAAUUAACAACAGGGAAAUGCAUACAGCAAUAAAGCACAUGUAAAGUACAAAAAGAAGUACAGAAUACACACUUCAUCAUAAAGAUGUUGUGGAAUGGCAAUGGGAUCCCAAUGAGGCUAUGUUUCAAUACCUGCUAAGCCAUUGGAAAAAGGAAUUUUAUCAGAAGUACAUAACCAGCUAUUAUACCUGUAAAGUGCUAUAUAACUAAGCUAUCUUGACUGCAAGGGUUCAAGUAAGUGCCACUUUCACUAAGAACAAAGCUUGAAUGUAUACUCAGUAGUGUUUACAGGAUCCAGUGACACAUUCAUCAUGAAUUAAAGAAGAAAAAUAUAGCCUGCUUACUUCUGACUGGCCACUGUGGUUAGACAUCCCACAGAAGAAAUCCCCAGUGGAUGGAAUAUUUUCUUCAGCAAAUAAACCAGGCUUUGUCAGAAAAGAUCAUGAUGGAAUUGAGUAGAGAAAGUGAAGUCCAUAAGAUCAAGCAAAUCAGUAAAUGCCUUCAGUCAGAGGACUGUUUCUGAUCUUGUAUUAUAACCUCAGCUUUUGUUGCUGUUUUUCUUAUUGCUGUUGGUUGGGGUUUGUUGUUUUUAAGUAUUGGAGCCCUUACAGGAUUUUGAGGAUGUUAUGAGUAAUUAAAAGUAUGUAUCUUAUGGAGUUGUCUUAGGAAAAAAAUUCAUAAGGGUGGGAGGGCGGAGGGAAACAUCAAAUAUUUUAUCAGUUGUUAUUGUGUUGUAUCCUGCUGUCACACAACCCUUAACGUCCCAAUUGUUUUUCUAGCUACCGCUGUCAAUACCCACUACAUGGAACCACUCAGAGGCCAUAUUGAUCCAUUUUUAAAGAGAAGUUUUUCUGUUGUGUUCAGAUUUAAAGAAGUAUGAGAAGGUGCCCUUAUUUAUGGUACCAAAGAUUACUCUUACACAUUUUUUCCUUUCCUUGAAGAAAUGGUGUAGAUUUGGUAUGAUGUUUCUUUGCUGCUGAAGGGAACAUAUCCUUUAUGUUAUUUAAAUUUUUGAAUUAAGCAUCUCAAAGCAAAGCGUCUUUACUGACUUUGCAUAUAGAAUUUAGUUCUUCAGAAAAAUCAGCAGGAGUAAAGAAAUUAUUUCAUACAUUCGAAUAUAUAUAUACAAUUUUUUUUCUGAUUGAAAGGAAAACACAAAGUGUAAAGGAACUCAGGUGACAUUGGAAUACGUCUAGAGAAAAAAAAAAAAGACUUCGCCAGUUAAAUGGAACAUAAAAGAAUUGUAGGUCAAACAGUUCUUUUAAAACAUAAAUUUCUAAUGGUGUUGGAUGAUAUCUUUCUCUAAUAUACCUCUUUUGUAUCAGCUUGAUAUUCUGAUGUGUAAUUGACUGAAAUAACACAGAGCUGCUUUAUCUCACAGUGAUUUUUCUGAGCGUCAUUCUUGUUUAUCCACAAAGCCAAGAAUUCUUUCACUGUCUUCUUUCAAAAAAGAGAACAAGAAAUUACCCAGGAGGGUAGGAGGUAGGACAGGGUGGAGUGUCAGUAACAACAUAUACUAAGAUACACACCUGUCUGCAUAUGAUAUGCUUUAGUGCUAAUGGAGGAGGUAAAUGAAGAAAACCAUGGUUACGCCAUUUUCAUGUCAGGCUAGCCUAAGGAGAAGGCAUGUUGAUACCAUGUAUGGAUAUUUUCCUGUUAUGUUUCCAGCUCUAUGUUAGAUCCUCAUCUCCAAAUAUGAUAUUUGGUGUAUCUAUGAAUUUUGAACUAGCUUGGGCAAUUUCAUAUGUAGCACAGCACUCACAGACAUUUACUAUCUAAAAGUGCCAUUUAUUACCCAUUCUUCCUUUUAAGUUCACAGGUAUAACUAGAGGCCUGCGAUUAUCCAAAUUUAGUAGCUAAAUCACUGCCUUGCAGUUUUGCCAAACGUCGAUGGGAAAUAGGAGGUCAUUCUGCUAUAUCUAGGAGACGGUAGCAUAUUCUGUAUUCACCAGUCUUUUCCACCCAGGACAGUCUACUUUGGCUCUAUGCUGAGGUGUGGGAUGUAGUCCUAACAUGAUUGCCACUGAAACCAAGGUAUCACAAGGAACCAAACAGCAACACAGACUGGAAUGUGUUUAAUUUGUUGUCGAUAAGACAAAGGGUGUUAUUUGUACACUGUGCAAACUUGCAGUUUAAGACACUGUUAUUUCCGUGAUGAAAGCUGGGCAUAUUCCUCUUCUUUCUGUUAGGGUUUUGCUGCCGUUGAUCUUUUAAAACAUAUUUCAUAUACAUUGAGAGAAUUUCUAUUGCAGUAAAGAAUUCAUAGGUGCCAGUCACACAGAAGCUCAGAGAAGCGUCUGUUCAGCUUUAUCUUUCCGUCUGGGAGUGUCUUAUCUUCUUCUCUGUACUGUCAGGCCAUCAACAAAAAGGGAAUUCAAGUAGACUAAAAUAUCAACUGACAGGUGAUUUUUUUCACCUCAGGGAAGGUUUUAAUACAACAGUUGGUUAUUUCUCUGAGAGCAAAGUAGACAGAGACACUAAUUCCUGUGGUAGUAAAAAAAAAGUUACUUGUGUAAUUGAAUAACUGAAAACAAUGAGAUGAAGUAGGGAGAGAGAUGAGAAAGUUUGCCUUUAGAAGACAGCAGAUGAAGAAAAAUUUGGCCUGAGCCUGUUUUGUAAGCUUCACAUCUGAUUCUCUGUGAGUGAAGUUAACUUCAGUGCACAAGCCAUGGAGUACGAAUUUUUACCCUAUUACUAAAUGUGAUACAACAGGGUGAUACAGGGCAAGGUUUCUCUGACUGGGUUGGGCACAAGACAUGACAGUAGCACCUGCUUCCAAGACAACAGAGUUAGCCCAUACCUUGUCAAAACCGGGCAUUAACCUUGUCCCCUGCAGGUUUUGAAGCUUCAAUACUGCACGCUUCUGGCACCAUGAGUCAUAGUCUCGUGGCGCUCCACCAUCAUCCACGCUCACCCUUCUCAUAGCAACCUCCCCUCAAACUAGCACCCUACUGAAAGCAUAGGGCUCCUCACUAACCCAUCUCCUGGCUCACCUGCCUCAGCUUUAUCCUUAGCUGAAGUGUAAUGUAGUGAGUGGUAGGUUUCAAACCAUCCUCUGAGGCAAGUAGCAGUUGAAGUCUUUGACUGUGUAGGUUUUCACAAGCACUAGGAAUCAUUUUAUUGUAUUGCUGUUGUAGAGGAUCUGUGUCCAUGUGGAGACCAAAGUUUCUGGGGCUUCCUGGUGUACGGUUUGUUAUGCUGCAAAUUGUCUGUUUUGAGGUGGUUUGUGACCAUCAGUUACUGGUUACUCUAGGGUGACCUGAGAUGGGACAUGCCCAGAGCUUUUCCUGUUAGUUUUUUUCCUGUUAGGUUAUGUGGCCUUGGUUGUUAGCCCUCUCACUGCUGGGAAGCUGUAGCAGUGGACUCAUUGCAGACACCCUUUCUUAUCAUUCUCUUUUACCUCCUGGCUCUGUAUUACACUGGGUCUCUUUGUGCUUUUCUAUUGAGGCACCCCAGAUCCUGAACAGAAAAAAAAAUUAAAAAAAUAGAUUUGUUCCCUUGUGUGACUCUUCUUCACUGAAGGUGACCAAAGGCUCCGUAGCACCAAAGGCUUAUAGCUGCUGUACAGGGACUUUAAAGUGGAAUAAAUUUCACCUCGUGGUCCUUCACAGGGCAGCAGUCAACAGCUCAAGCCUCCAUAGCCGCCUUGGAUGAUUUCUGUUCAUAUACAUUUGCACUUCCUGUGCUGCCUACAGCACAGAUCGGAUAACCAGGCUUUAUUAUAAUUACCACUUUUAUCAUCCAACGCUAUCAAUGGCUAAUAAAAUGUAGACAGGAUGAAAAGAAGGAUCCCUAAUAUUCUCUUGAUAUCUGCCCUGGUGAGGAACAGCUGAGGAACAGCCCAUCAGUUGAGUGUUCCUCAAAUUUAUCCUCAUAUCAGUCAUAUCAGUUGCCGGCUAUGGUUCCUAAAUGAUUGUUAAAGUAAGAACAGGGAGCUACAUCAAGACAGCAGACAGUGUAUAUUUUUCCAAAUCUUAUGGCAGCUUUACAUUGUACAACUUUAUUUCAUUCAGAUAAAUUUAUUGUAAACUGUUUAUUAAUGUACAUGUUAAUGUUUCUGUGGCAGAGAGUCUAUAAUAUUUCAUAAAAAUAAUAGAUAAAUAUAUUUGAUUGUUAAGUUUUCAGCUUUGGGACAGUUCUCUCUCCCACAGCUCUGAGCCACUCUCCAGAUACAAGAUAUACUGAACCUUUCAGACCUUGUCUGGUUUACAUAAUCUGAUGUAUAAUAAAGACUGUACCAUUCUUCUGUUAAACAAUAUAAGCAACAUGUGCUUGAGGUCAGCACCUUUUCUCUAAUUGAUUGCAAUUUGAAGAAAAACAGGUGUGGGUUCAGUACCUUUUUUUAGUGUUUGAUCUAGCAAAGUGCUGAGCACUCUUUACAGUGACUUUCCUGGGAGAGACAUGUCCAGGAUUUAGAUGGGGAUCUAGAUUAGCAUAUUUCAGGAUAUAACUCUGAAAUUGCACAUUAUUUAUUUUUAAGAGCACUGUUACUUUGUGUAGGGAAAAGCACAAUUGUUCUAAAUGUAGAUAAAAUAAAGGAAGUGUGUUUACAGAGAGCUUCAUUCCUGCACAGUACUAUUGCUACUGAGCGUAUGUAAUACAAUUUCUGUGGUUUAAAGUAUUGAUACGUGUUCUGUCAGGAUCGUCAUGUUUGACACUGUUAAUAUUAUUUCAAGUACCGCUAUGGGGAUUGGUUUUUAUUUGUAUAACUGUAAAAUAAAGAAGGUGGUUUUUUUCA